AUGGUCAAAUUCCAGGUUCCCAUCCUCCUCCUUAUCGCCAACGCAGUUUGCACCCUGGCAGCAACGAAACCGGAAAUCACUACUUUCAGAGAUACGCAGUGUAAAAACCCUGGCACUGCUGAAGACGCUACUGAGCUAGACAAGUGUUUCACUGUGACUCGUUACGCCACCAGCUCCGUCAAGCUUUCCUCUGAUCCGUCAGUGCCGAAAUGCCCCGAUAACUCCGCGCCGGUCGCCAUACUUUUUGCCUCUCCCUGGUGUUCAGGGGAUUCUCAAAGCUUCCCCUCGAAUAUCACGGGAUGCCAAACAACAAAUACCACUGAUUCUGUGUUCGAGUCGUGGAAGUUGCAGUGCCCCAAGGUAUCAGAAAAGAAGCCCAUUUACCUGGAGACCUUCUAUGACUCCAGCUGCGACAUUGCUGAAUCAAAUACCACAGCCACUGCGGUGGACGAGUGCGUGUCUGUUGAGUCCGAGCACACACGGGCGUAUAGUCUGAUAGGGUUGCACGAAGAUGAGAACCUGUGCAAGAACAUGACCGCCAAAUUGAUACUGUAUACCGAGGGUAAUUGCACGGGUGGAGCGCUGUCUCAGCCGGAGUAUAACUAUCAGACGGGUUGUAAAUCAAUGGAGGAAGUUAACGUGAAGGCAUGGAAGAUCCACUGUGUUUGA